GAAACGUGCUCCAGGUAUCGUGUUCGGCCGCUCCGCUCCUCUCGUGCUGUAGGGGGCUUCAUCUGAGUACCACCUACACCUGCACAGCGCUUGAAAAAUAUAUGAUGGAAGUCAAGCUGUGAUUCGAAUUUGCGUAUUUCAUCAAGAAGAAACAACCACCGCUAGACACUUUCACAGCCAGAACAGAUAUCGCCCAUAUCCAUGACUGUGGGAAGGAGAGAGGAGACAUGCAAGGAGCCAAGGGAGGAAGGAAGUGAAGGAGACAUGAAGAGGCCUUUGUCGAUCACUGCUCUCAGCACCAUCGCCGUUCAGUCUGGACAAACGCAAAUAGUCGUAUCUGUGCUCAAGAGUGGCUCCUCUGUGCACCUCCAGUUGGUUCAUGUUGAGCCAGGACUGUGUGAGAUUGGGUCAAACCAAGAGGACAACCAGACCCUGAUACAUGAACAGAAACAGCUGCUGGGAAAGCUGCAGAAACAUGAGGGCGAGGUGCUGUCAUCUGUUCAGAAGAAGCGUGAGGAGCAGCGCAGACAGAAGCAGGACAUAUGGACGUGUGGAGAGAGGAGAACACAGGAAGAGGAGGAGAAAGAGGAGGGAGUGUACCGGGCCAUGGAGAACUCUCUGAGGGAGGGCUGGGUUCUGCUGCUGCGGCUGCUAGACAAACGGCUCCACGCUCUGACCCUGGCUGCAGACUUCUACCACACAGUUCAUGAGGUAAAUGGAGAACUUUUGUCACAUUUCACUGGCGGCAUUGACAUAAUCCUGUUAAGGUGA